AUGCGCCUCCGUCGGGGCAUGGUCCGCGAGUCGUGUGACUUUUGUCACCGCCGCAAAAUCAAAUGCGAUCGCCUGUCGCGCAACGACACGGGCCACACAGCGUGCUCGCAGUGCUCGCUGCGCGGUGUGCCGUGCCGCAUGGACGACUCGGACGACAUUCGGCUGCGCGGGCGUUGUCGGCAGGCACAGACCCGGACCCCGUCGUCUCCCGCGGCCCUCUCCACGCCGGCGACGUCGUCCGAACAGCUGCAGACCCCAACAACCUCCGUUCGACGCACAUUGCGGCAGAGCGGUGGCGUACCAGGCCGCCAAUCACCGUCAGCCAGCCGUCUGGGCACAAGCAUCGCCACUGCGGGCGCCAGCCCGGUGUCGACGGCAUCCAUGGCGUCGGUGGACGAGGCGACAAACAGCUCGACGUCGUCUUUCGGCCGUCCUCCACAGCAUAUAGUUCCGUCCAUGUCCACGUCGUCGAUGUCCACGUCGUCACUGGCCACGCCGGCGUCCAUAAAUCUAGAAGUCGGUGACCAGGGUAAUGCAGUUCAUAGUCUCCUGGCCCCGUCCCAGUCGCCCCAGUCGUCCCAGACCCAGCCUCUUUCUCAGCCCCAACUGCAUCCCCAGUCCAGCCUGUCGUACAACGUGAAUUCGUCCGCCGGCAACAUCAACACGUUCCACUCCAUCGCCUCCAUCAACACGCCACCCUCGUCGUCCGUGGCCGAGGACCUCAUGUUCUUGGACGACCCGUUCCACCUCAACGCCGACAGCAUUUUCUUCCUGGACCAGAUCUUUACAGGCUAUCCGGACGGGCCGGCAUACGGACCGCUGCCAACGUGGCCCAGCAGCACCGGCAACACAAUGUCGUCUUCGGACCUUCAGCCCCUGGUGCUCAACCAGAUGCACCCAGCGCAGGUACAGGCGCUGCCCACGGCCUCGGAUGCAAGCCUGCCGGUGCACUCAUAUACGUUGCAAGCCACGCAGCAGCCAUCACAGGAGCCAUCGCAGGAGCCAUCACAGCCGCCUCCACAGGAGCAUGGAGGGCCAGCGUUGGCGGACGGCCUCAGCGACGGCGGCUACGACCCGCCGCCCUGGACGCGCUGCGGCCUGGACGAGGCCACGUUCCUCCGGGCCCUGCGCGCCUACUUUGCCUACGCGACGCUCUACCUGCCCAUUUUGCUGGAGGACGCCUUCUGGCAGGACUACCAGGCGGGGCGCUGCAGCCUCAGCAUCAUUUAUGCGGUGGCCUGCCGCGGCCUGCCGUUCACGGCGCCGCCGCUGUCGGCCACGCGCGACGACCGCCGCCGCAUCUGGCGCCAGCAACAGCGCGUGGCCGAGCAGUUCCGCGAGGCCUUUUUUGCGGCGCAGCUCAGUGCCAACCGCAGCGGCGGCCGUGCGCGGCUCGACGACCUGGAGGCGCUGGCUCUGAUGGUGUUUUUCAAGUACAGCGGGGACGAAGGGGGAGGAGGAGGUGGUGAUGGUGGUGGAGGAGGAAAAAACAAAGAAGCGACGCUCUCGCAGCUGCACGCGCACCUGGCCGGACUGUACCUGACACGCGACUCGCUCGUGCUGAUGACAAUGCAGUCGGGCAUUGACGUGCCCGACGUGGGCAGCCAGCCUCUGUCGACGGCAUGCACAUCGUCCGACCCGACGGCCCCCGCAGCGCGUCUGCACGACCGCCGCACCAUCUUGUUCUGGCAUGUCUACGGCCUGGACAGCUUCGACUGCCUCGACAAGAAGACGCUGAGCCGCAUUCCCGACUGCAACCACCACCUGCUGCUGCCCACAGCGACGUCGACGUCGACAUCGGCCCCCAAACGACUGCCCGCCCUCCCCCGCCACCACGAAGAGGCCCGCGGCUACCUCGACGCCGUGCUCGACCUCGCCGUCAUUGCCCGCAAGGCUCUCGUGUCCCUCAGCAACGCCACCGCCCGCCGCAGCGGCGUCCGCGCCGACCAGCUCGAGUCCGUCUACGCCCUGCUCGAGCAGUGGCAGCGCACGACCUGCCCGGCGCACUUGCGGCGCCAGCGGGACGCAGACGGCCGUCUCAGCCUGGCAGCGGGCGUCAGCAGCACAAACAGCGCCAGCAGCACAAACAACACAAGCAGUGCCGACGGCGGCCAGGUCCAGCUGCACCGCGCCGUCGUCUGGAUCCUGGAGAUCAACUGCUACCUGCAGAUUGCCGACUGCGUGGACCAGUACGGCAUCCUGGCACCGGCCACCACCGGCCUCGACGACGAAGUCGCGCGGCUCCGCGUCGAGGCCGAGACGCUGCGGCAGGUGCGGGAUGCCGUCCACAUCGCCCGCGCCAUCCUCGCGUACGACGCCUCGCCGCGCCGCGGCACCACCUUUUCGCUGCCCGACCUGGGCACGUCCAUUGUGCGCGACUGCUGCGUCGGCGUGGCCCGGUGGGCCUGCUUCCGCGGGCAGCAAAAGGGAGCGGUGGGCGGUAUCACCACCACCACCGCCACCAGCAGCGACAAAACAAAACGCACACGCCACACCAUGGCCACCUACCUCGAGGCGGCGACCGUCCUGCGAGACGCGGCAGCCACGGCCGUCUCGCACGCCGACACGCAACCCGCAAUUGACCGGCUGGACGAGCAGAUUGCCAGUCUGGUGGCCGCCAUGGACGACGUUGCAGGAAAGUGA